AUGUGGGGGGGUGAGGAAGAAAUUGAUGCACUCCAAAGAUUUUGCCACCAUAAGGAGACGAUGUUGUUGUCAGCUUCUUGGGAAAAUGAUGUCCGAACAUCGAAGAAUCUGAGAGUUAGUUCUGAUUUGGUGUCGAGUACUAUAUUUGAAAUUAUGAGGGACAAGCCGUUGACUCGGCCGUGUGAGGUGGUGACAAUUUUGAAGAUGGAUUAUGGGCUAGAUUUGCGGUGGUAUUCAGAUGCUGUGAUGCGUUACAAUCCGGGGAGCUAUGUCAAUAUUGACUAUGACGUGAGUACUCUACAAUUUUGUCGUUUCUUUGUAUCAUUCGAUGCAUGUCUAUUCCCUGUUGCAUUUGUGAUUGUUGAUUCAGAGACCACGGCCAAUUGGUUGUGGUUCUUGCACGAACUUAGGAAGGCUCACCACGGUUAUUGCUUAAAACACUUGAAGAACAAUUUAAGAGACUGGAUGAAGGGAAUUGAUAAUGGAUUUAGAGACCACCUGGUUAGUAGUUUGGGUGACUGUGCUUACAAGCCAACUGUGGUAGGGGGUAUGCAUUAUGGGGAGAUAACAUUCAAUGCGGCAGAGUCAUUUAAUAAUUGGAUUAAAGAAGUUAGCAAAGCCAAUGAGGAUACGUUUGAGGUUAAUUCGAUACCAUCUGCUAUAGUUGAUAUUGCAAGGCAUACGUGUUCUUGCUUCAAAUGGAAAAUCAAUGGAUUCCCAUGUGACCAUGCUGUUAUUACUAUUCAAAAGAGCCACUACAAUCUCAAUAAUUGUGUGGAACAUUACUUUCAUAUGGAAACAUAUCGUGCAGCCUAUUUGGGUGCCAUAUUCCCAAUAUUAUCAGUGAAAAAGCCGUCUUUUGAUCCCACAGACUUCAUAAUAUACCCACCAACUGUGAACAGACCACCUAUCAGGUCGAAAAAGAAUAGAAUCCUAUCAAUGGAGUGA